AUGAGGACAUCCAGAUGGUGCUCGCUGGCGUUCUUGUUGGGAGUGGUCUCCCUCGGAGUGGGAGUCAUUGAGGGGAGACCGGGCAAGGAGGAGGGAUUCGGUCCGCCACCGUAUCGACCUGUCAUGAGGUUCCGACAUAAGGAUGGGCUCCCAGGGAGUUUGCAGAUAAAGGGGUUUUUGGGCCAUAACAAUGGCUUCCAGAGUCCUUGUGAGCACAAGUACUGUGGCCUUGGGCGUCACUGCGUGGUCAACCAUGAGAGUGGUAAAGGGGAGUGCAACUGUCUAGACCGCUGUAAACCACACUACAAACCGGUGUGUGGCUCAGACGGCAAGCUGUAUCAGAACCACUGUGAGCUCCACCGUGCCUCCUGUCUGGGUGCACAGAGAAUAACUAUCAUGCACAGCGAGGAAUGCUUCUACAAAGAUGACAACUGCAGACUGGGUGACUACCGGAGGUUGAAGACCAAAAUUCUGAACCUGCAUGACCAGAGGUACAUGGAAACUGGCAACCGUGGGAGCCACAAAGACAACAUGGCCGCCAGAAAGAAGCUGGUCGACCUUCUGUUUAAGCGCUUCGACGCCGAUGGUAGCGGGAGAGUAGACAGCAGCGAACUAUCACAGGUCAUCAAGCAGGAAGGUCUGUCCAAGGAUGUCUCUGAGUGCACCCUGUUUGACCUUCUCAAAUACAACGACAUCAAUGACGACGAGCACCUGACAAAGGACGAGUUCUACACAGCUUUCGAAGUGUACCAGCUCACCCUGCCCGAUGACCAGAAAUUGAGCAUCACUACGGUAACCGUUGGCCAGAGUGCCAUCUUGACUUGUGCAAUCACAGGGGAGCAGAGACCUCCCAUCAUCUGGAAACGCAACAAUCAGGUUCUCAACUCGCUGGAUCUGGAGGACAUAAAUGAUUUCGGAGAUGACGGCUCAUUGUACGUCACCAAGGUGACCACCACCCAUACAGGGAACUACACCUGCCAUGCUGACGGGUACGAGCAGCUCUCGCAGACGCACACGCUCCAGGUGAACGUUCCUCCCGUCAUCCGUGUCUACCCAGAGAGCCAGGCCCGGGAGCCAGGGGUGACGGCCAGUCUCCGGUGCCAUGCUGAAGGUAUCCCCAACCCACAACUGGCAUGGCUGAAGAAUGGCAUGGACAUCGCUACCAAGCUGUCCAAACAGCUCACCCUGCAAGCUAACGGAAGCGAGGUGCACAUCAGCAACGUCCACUUCGAGGACACGGGGGCGUACACCUGUAUCGCCAAAAACGAUGCCGGGGUGGACGAGGACAUCUCCUCCCUGUUUGUGGAGGAUUCGGCGCGCAAGACCCUGGCAAACAUUCUGUGGAGAGAGGAAGGUCUUGGAAUUGCCAAUAUGUUCUAUGUGUUUUACGAGGAUGGUAUCAAAGUCAUCCAGCCAGUGGCAUGUGAGAUCCAGAGACACAUAAAGCCCAGUGAGAAACUACUGGGACUUCAGGCUGAGGUUUGCCCCAUGUCAGUGGGGGAGGUCAAGCAGAAGUGUGUGUGGUCAUCAGCGGUUAACGUGAAGGACAAGUUUAUUUAUGUCACACAGCCAACCUUGGCCAGAGUGCUUGUGGUCGACAUCACGUCUCAGAAGGUUGUCCAGACGGUGAGCACAGACCCCUACCCAGUGAAGCUGCACUAUGACAAAUCCCACGACCAGGUGUGGGUCCUCAGCUGGGGAGACAUGGAGAGAAACUUUCCUACUUUGCAGGUGAUCAAUCAGGCCAGCGGGAGUGUGUCCCACCAUACCGUCCACACCCAGCCGGUUGGCAGACGCUUUGAUAGAGUGGAGGAUUUCUUCAUUCCUGCCGCCAGCCUCAUCAUUAAUCACAUCAGAUUUGGAAUCGUCCUCCACAGAAAUGAACCGGCGCUCCACAAGAUUGACCUGGAGACCACAUCGUCAGGGAAGAACAUCAGCCUGCUCAAGUACAACUGCAUUCCCAAGUCCCUGGCUUACACCCACCUGGGAGGUUACUACUUCAUCAACUGCAAACCUGAUUCCACGGGCGCCACCCAGCCCCAGCUCAUCGUAGACAGUGUGACAGACUCCGUGAAUGGACACAACGGGGACGUCACCGGCACCCCGUACGUGUCUCCGGACGGUCACUACCUGGUCACGGUGGACGACCGCAACGGCUUGAUGAGAAUCCAGCAGAUCACGGUGCGCGGGGAGAUCGGCGAGCCCUUUGACAUCCACACCAACCUUCACCUGUCUGAUGUGGCCUUCCAGCCGUCGUUCACCGAGGUCCACCAGUACAACGUCUUCGGAAGUUCGGGAAGCCAAACGGACUCUCUAUUUGUCGAGCUGAGCACAGGCAAUGUGAAGAUGAUCAAGAGUCUGAAGGAGGCCACCAAGGCUUCCGAUUGGCCGUGGAGCAGUAGAAACCGCGUGAUGACCGGCAGUGGACUUUUCGGACAGUACCUCAUGACCCCGUCCAGGGAGUCUAUUUUCAUCCUGGACGGUCGUCUCAACAAGCUCAACUGCGAGAUCGCUGAUGUCGUCAAAGGCAACGUAGUGGCGUGGGUUGGCGAGUCGUAGGCCGGUCUGUGUUUAGACUUGUCCUGUCUUAUUAUUAAGGUACAGUUGCACUGAAUUUGGCUGCAGAUACAUAAUUUAUUGGGUGUGAAGAAAAACGUAAGCAAUUCUCAAAACCAAAAUUCACAGAUCAAAAUCGUAUUGGAUGUUGUUUACUAGCCGAGUUGAAAUCGUGGGGGUUCCACAAUAUCUUCUAGGGGAUAUCUGUUAAAAUUAGACAAAUUAGCGUCAUAUUAGCAUUUUUCGAUUGCAAGUCUUGCCAAUUCAAUUGGAUGGACGUUUUUUGAUAUUCACGUCAACUGGCAUUUCGCUAAAAAGAGGGAGAAAAUAGGUCUAGACUAUCCUCCUCUGUUUCGUCUACUCCCGUUCCAUUUUUUUUCCUGUGCCUUGAAGGAAAACAAACUCCAAAAGAGGAAUUAACAUAUUUAUUCCCAUUGCGGCUGCAGAUUACACCUUCUUCUCUUUGACCCUCCUUCGUGGUGAGAGAUGCUCUAAAAAUCCAUGUUUCUCGUCUUAUUUUCAUCUCGGACCAACGUGGAGCCCAUUCUGGGCUAAUUAAAAUGAGCUCUUGCUGAGACCCCGUCUCGUUUGAAGUGGAGAUGGAGAGAUUGAGUUGUCCAUUAUGAUGUAGUGCUGCUUGGUCACCUUUGAUCUCUGAGAGUCUUCAAAAGAGCUAGUGAUUUGAAUGUGAUUUCGUCCAACAAUCCAAGUCUCAAUGACAAUGUUAAUAGAUUGAUCCAUCUUAAUAUUUGUGGGAUAAAUUAAUUAAAGUUUCACACUUUGAUUCACAAGGUCAAUGUGUGUGUGCGUGUAGGUGUAGAAAAAUAUUCAAAUUUGAAGAAUAUCCCUGGCCCAAAAGGAGUCAUAGUAUAUAUUAGAAUGUACUUACAUAUUGUCAGUCAAUUUUGGCAAAGUUUAGCAGCUGGAUGUGUAUCAUUACAGUGAAAUAAAGAGGGAUUUGUUUAGUUGGAAGUGGAUUUGUGCAGUUGUAGAGAAUAGAGGCACUAUGAGCUGUGUGGAUCUAAUGAGAAUAUAGUGAGAGACCUUGGUCUAUAAGCUUCAAAUGUGAGUCACAUUUCUUUUAAAAUGCUACAAGGCAGAGCGUAGUUGGAUGAAUCAGUUGUACCUAUGAAACCUGGCAAGUAUGUGGCCCGUUGUGCUUAGGACACAAAUUAUUUCCCCGAAGGACACAUUCUAUGCAUUUUCACCAUAGCACUCUAACACAAACACAAUGAGGAAUAUGUUUAUGUGUUAUUUUUCAAAUCUAAUGUUGGACCUCUUGUCCUGUUAUGGACAGGUCCAUUUUAUGUUCCCAAUUAAGAUAAAACAUUUUUAUAUAAUUUGAUGUUUUGUUUUAUUUGAUCAAUUCAAUUUCAAUUAAUCAAAAAAACAAAAAAUGAUAUCACAUUUUGUUUGGUGUUGCCCCUUGAUACCCAUAGGACUGUACUGAUUACCUGUGACUUUUCUUAUUGUUUUCUGUAUAUAGCAGCAGAGUUGACUGAGUUCCUUAACAUGGUAGUUUUCAUACAGUUUUUGAGGGCUCUGUUCAUUAUUUUGAGUGAAUAUGCACCCAACCUUUUUAAGAAACGAAAGAGCACCAUUGUCAUCGCGCUAACCUUGACCAAGUACAUUGUGAUUUCACCUACCUGAGACAUUGUAGUUUUCAUUAUAGCCAUGUACUGUUUGUUGAUUCAUGUGAUUAUUAUUUAUG